AUGACCAUUCCAGUCCAGGUCCCUCUCUCGCCCCGUCCUCUCAGACCCAACGAGCGCAUCUUGACCAACGAAGAUGGCGGCAUCGUCACACCUGCUCGAGCCCCUUCCCCCGUCUACAACUUUGGGACACUUGCGGUCCAUGCCGGCGCACCUAUAGAUCCCUCCACAGGCGCCGUCAUCGAACCUCUGUCCUUAUCGACGACCUUCGCACAAACCGCUGUGGGGAAGCCCAUUGGGCUGUAUGAAUACAGUCGCAGCGCGAACCCAAAUCGUGACAAUUUUGAAGAAGCCGUGGCCGCCCUUGAACACGCUCGAUUCGCUCUGGCGUUUGCCUCGGGCUCAGCUACAACGGCAACAAUCCUCCAGUCGCUCGCUUCGGGCUCACAUGUCAUAUCUGUCUCGGACGUCUACGGAGGCACUCAUCGAUAUUUCACAAAAGUGGCCCUAGCACAUGGAGUCGAGGUCACAUUUUCGCCUUCUAUUGAACUGGACAUUGAAGAGUUGAUCAGGGAGCAAACGAAACUCAUCUGGAUCGAGAGUCCCUCAAAUCCUACACUGAGUCUCGUUGACAUCAGGAAUGUCGCGUCAGUUGCCCACAGACAUGGCAUUCUGGUCGUGGUGGACAAUACAUUCUUGUCGCCCUACGUGCAGAAUCCACUGGAUCACGGAGCAGACAUCGUUGUGCAUUCUGUGACAAAAUACAUUAACGGACACUCAGACGUUGUUAUGGGCGUUGCUGCGUUCAACUCGGAAGAACUGAAAGAGCGAUUGACCUUUCUCCAAAACGCCAUUGGAGCGGUGCCUUCACCAUUCGAUUGCUGGCUAGCCCACCGAGGGCUUAAGACGCUCCAUCUCCGAGCAAGAGAGGCAAGUACGAAUGCACUGGCUGUUGCUCGAGCACUGGAGGCCUCGCCACAUGUCAUUGCGGUGAACUACCCUGGUCUGGAUUCUCACAAGCAGAGAGCGAUUGCCAUCAAGCAGCAUCGCGAAGGCAUGGGUGGUGGGAUGCUCAGUUUCCGUCUCAAAGGCGGUCACUCUGCUGCAGAAAGAUUCUGUCAACAAACUCGCAUCUUCACUCUUGCCGAAAGCUUAGGAGGCGUCGAAAGUUUGUGCGAGGUUCCUAGCGCUAUGACGCACGCCGGCAUACCUAAGGAGCAACGUGAGGCCAUCGGCGUUUUUGACGAUCUUGUCAGACUCAGCUGUGGUGUUGAGGAUGCCGAGGAUCUCAAGAAGGAUGUCCUGCAGGCACUAGAAAAAGCAGUUGUUGGAUUCAAGAUUUCGAACGGUGUCAACGGGGCCAGCAGAUGA